AUGUCGACAGCGCAAUGGGUCUGCCGUAGUUGCUUUAAGGCAUUGGCACAACCCAGGAGUCGACAGUUCCUGCGGUUAUCUAGCACAACCUCAAACGCCAUCCUACCGUCCUUUCUUCUAAAACGCGCAAAUGCUAUUGCUAGGGAACAUGCUAGACUUGCUACCGCACUCACCUAUGAAUUCGACCCCAAAGUUGCAAAAAAAGUUGGUGAACUAUCGCGUGUCGCCAAUGCUUUGAGAGACUGGAAUCUCGCCGAAUCAUCUAUAAUAGACCUUACAGCUCUUGUAUCGUCGCCAGAUCCCGAACUGAGUCAGCUAGCUAAAGAAGAGCUGGCGACUACACAUGCGAAAAUUGAAGGCCUAGCGACCGCCCUGAAAGUCUCCCUGACUCCGCGCGAUCCUUUUGCAGAUAUGCCCUGCCUGCUUGAAGUGCGGCCAGCACUUGGUGGGAUGGAAGGCCGAUAUUUUGCGGACGCCGUAUUCCGCAUGUACCGACUAUACUGCUCUCGCAAAGGUAUACGACACAACGUAUUGAAAUAUGAAACAGUUAUUGGAGGCGAUUCUAUGAUGGCCGGCCAGAGCGAGUCCCCUUUGAAUGAGGGUAUUCUCGAGAUCCCGGAUCCCGGUGCAUAUGAACAUUUCCGGAGCGAAGCGGGCAUGCACCGGGUGCAGCGUGUACCUAACACAGAAGCGAGCGGGCGCACCCACACGAGUGCUGCCGCUGUGUGGGUUCUGCCGUCGUUUCCCGAGACCAAGAGCGACACCCUGACUGAACAAAGCUACGACGACCCGAACAGCAUCUUCUACGUUAAUCCAAAAGAGGUUAGAGAAGAGAAGAUGCGCGCAGGAGGCGCAGGAGGCCAACACGUGAACAAGACGGAGAGUGCGAUUCGAUUGACGCACGAACCGACGGGUAUCACGGUAUCUAUGCAGGACUCACGAUCACAGCAUCGAAACCGAGCAUCCGCAUGGACGUUGUUGCGAUCGCGACUUGCGGCGCGCCGGAGGGAGGCGCGCGAGGAAAAGGCGAUGGCGCUGCGAAAUAGUGUAUUAAGCAACGACAUGAUCCAGCGCGGCAACAAGAUCCGGACUUACAAUUACAGUCAGAAUCGGUGUACAGAGCACCGUAGCGGCCUAGAUGUGCACAAUCUGCCAGACGUGCUGGUCGGCGGCGAGACCUUAGACAAAAUCAUAGAGAGCACUAGAGAUUGGCUAGUCAAGCGGGAUAUAGAGACUUUGAUGGCAGAAGAGGAGGCAGCUAAUGCACCCAACACACCUAGUACGAGUACGGGUAAAGGGAAGAAGAACAAAUAA